AUGCUCCUUAACGCCACCGUCCCUCUGUCGGUGGAUUUCGACACUCCGGAGGACUUCAUCAUCUUCAUAUUUCAUAUCCUGUUCGCCACGAGUGCCGUGCUCGUCGCCGGCUCCGUGGUAAUCGGGAUAUCCUCCACCCGGUCCUUGCGAGGCCAGAACCGUUUUAUAUUCAUGCUGAACACCAGCAUCAGUGACACUCUGACCGGCUUCUCGGUCUACUACCUCGGGCUCUUUGACGUCCAAGAGGGCUAUCCCUCAAGGAACGGGACUUACUAUAUCUUACCCUCAUUUCUAGGAGUCAAUGUGUUGACCUUUCUCUUCGCUCAGUUUGACCGGUACUUCGCCGUGUGCCACCCUUUCUUUUACCACCGCUACAUAACGAGGGCGUUUGUCAUUGGGAUUUGCGCGUUUUGCUGGAUUUACACCUACACCAUCCUCACGGUGCAGAACAUGGUGCCCAUUUCAAAGGCGGCUCAAAUAAACGCGUUUGGUGUAAUUGCUCUGCAGAUUAUUGUUCUCAUUAAAGUGUUGAUGACAAUUAAAUUAUACAUCAUAGCCAGGAAUCAGCUGGUGAGAGAGGUGCCCAGCACCGAGAGAGACAACAAGAAGGAGUCGUUGCGCAUCAUUGUGUUUGUAGUUAUUUUCUUCUUGGCUCUGUGGUGUCCAUCCUUUGUCAAUAUAAUAGUCAGACAGUUGACUAGCAAAGGUAUGAGGUUUAGGAAUGAAGCCACUAACCUGUUUGCCAUCAUGGCACGCCUGAACGCGCUGGUCACGCCGACUCUGUACAUCUGGGGUAGUCCGGCGCUGCGUGGGGCCGUGUGGAGAACAGUGUGGAGGAGGGUCUGCCGCUGGCGGAUGGUAAGGUAA